AUGACGAACGCCCGCUCAGCCCCAACGGACGAUCACAACCCCGGCGCCACGCGGACCGCGUACCUGGUGCUCAAGGUCGCCGAGCACUCCGCCGCCGCCGGGAAGAAGAACCAAAACCAUGGCGGCGGCGGCUACAUCCCGGUGCGGACGCUGGCCGUGCUCGGGCACGAGUGGCAGAUCGACUACACCCCCGACGGCUUUCACAUCCCCACGGGAAAAUUCGACGGCCAGCGCUGGCUCAAGCUCCGCCUCCGCCUUCUCAUGCCCUUCCCCGAGGUGGCGACGACAGAGUGCUUCCGGUUCCGGCUGGGGAGCUCCACGGAGGUCCCGCUCUGGCCGCGGCCCGCCCUGGACGCGUCGGGGCACCUCGGCCGCGACGGCAACUGCUUCGUGCGCUGCGCCGUCGUCGUCCACCACGGCGCCGCCUCCCCUUCCGGCGCCGACCUGCAGCGCGACCUAGGAAACCUCCUGACGACCCACCACGGCGCCGACGUCACCUUCAUCGUCUCCGGGGAGCAAAUCUGCGCGCACCGGUGCGUGCUCGGCGCGCGUUCCCUGGUCCUCAGAGCCGAGCUCUCGGGCAUCGCCUCAAUCGUCGUCGAGGUGAGCGACAUGGAUGCGGGCACCUUCAGAGCGCUUCUCCACUUCAUCUACACGGACACCCUGCCGCCGCAGCUCGACGACGGUCACGAGAAUCCGGCAAUGGCGCGGCGUCUGCUGGACGCGGCGGAACGGUACGGCGUGGAGCGGCUUCGGGCGGUGUGCGAGGAGAAGGCGUGCGCGGGCGUCGGCGUGGGCAACGUGGCCGCGGAGCUGGUCUGUGCGGAGCGGCGCGGGUACGCGAGGCUCAGGGCCCGGUGCGUGGAGUUCCUCCUGGCCAGGCCGCGGCAUUUUCUGGAAGUCGCUCAGGCUGGGGGUUGCAAGCUGCUCGAGGCCAAGUGCCCCUGGGUUCUGACCGAGCUUGUCACGGCCAUUGCCGAGAGCACACUGGAAGGAAACCGUCUGCGUGGUUGA